UUGGACUGCUUCCAUGUCCGUAAUCACUACACUCAGGUGACUUCAGGGUAGUCUAUCCGGUGGUUACUACACAAAAGCUACACCACAGUGUUGGAUUCCAAAGACGUCACUCCUGACAUAUGUUCGCAUCUGUCUGCUCUCGAUGGGAUCACUUACGUCCUCCCACCACCCAGGAGCGCUACUGGGUUGAGAAGGAAUAAAUUGAUAUUUGGCGGGGGUGGGGACAGUCUGGAGUUGGAGCAACAUGAUGUGUCAGGAAACGAGAUGAGAGAGCGGGAUAACGCAGAAGCAGCCGGGCACGCGCGUGACGGGACAGAAUGAGAGCUGCUGGGACAUGGACGGCGUCAGCAGAGGACGGGAACAACUGUGACAUUGACUGGGAGAGACCCUGACGAAGUGAGAGGGACAUCUGGGUUCCUCUUGUCUUUGAAGCCCCAGCUUAACCAUGAGAGUGGCCUUCCUGGCCUUAAGACUGAUGUGCUUGGCCUGGUUGUGGCCUGUCACUCAGCUCAACAGCAGCCACUUCCCGAACAAGAGGAGAAACAAGGAGCUGUACGUCGGAGAGAACGCUAGACAAAAGCACGGAGGACGGGUGGAUCUUAAGAUGAAGAAGUUGGACAGCACCAAGUCUCUGCUAAUUAAGUCUGAGCAGCUGCUUCGGAUUGAAGACCAUGACUUUGCGAUGCGCCCUGGCUUUGGAGGUUCAGCCCUGCCUGUUGGUGUCGAUGUCCAGGUGGAGAGCAUUGACAGCAUUUCUGAAGUAAACAUGGACUUCACCAUGACUCUCUACCUGCGGCAUUACUGGCAAGAUGAUCGCCUGGCCUUUCCCUCCAGCAGCAACAAGAGUCGGACCUUCGAUGCACGUCUGGUGAAGAAAAUCUGGGUUCCAGAUGUGUUUUUUGUCCACUCUAAGCGUUCCUUUAUCCAUGAUACAACCAUGGAGAACAUUAUGCUGAGGGUUUAUCCUGAUGGAAAUAUUCUCUACAGUGUUAGGAUCACUGUGACGGCUCUUUGCUCAAUGGACUUCAGCAGUUUCCCUCUGGACACACAGAACUGCUCUCUGGAGCUGGAGAGCUAUGCUUACAAUGAGAACGACCUAAUGCUCUACUGGAAGAACGGGAACGAUUCAUUAAGGACUGACGAGAUUGUGCUCUCUCAGUUUUUUAUUGAAGACUUCCAGCCUUCCUUUGGGCUUGCCUUCUACAGCAGCACUGGUUGGUACAAUCGGCUCUACAUAAACUUCAUUCUAAGGCGGCAUAUCUUCUUCUUCAUGCUUCAGACGUACUUUCCCACCAUGCUGAUGGUGAUGCUGUCCUGGGUGUCUUUCUGGAUAGACAGGAGAGCCGUACCUGCCCGUGUCUCCCUGGGCAUCACCACCGUACUGACAAUGUCCACCAUCAUCACCGGUGUGUCGGCCUCUAUGCCACAGGUGUCUUACGUAAAAGCUGUAGACAUCUAUCUAUGGGCGAGCUUCCUGUUUGUCUUUCUGUCAGUCAUCGAGUACGCUGCGGUCAACUAUUUCACCACAGUGGAGGAGAUGAAGAAGCUGAAGAGAGCAAAGAUACCCACCUCUUACAAUGCUGCUGAGGCUAUGGCCUUUGAUGGGUGUUUCCACGACAAUGAAAUUGACCUGGCCUCCCUCCCCGCCAGCACCCCAAAUACAGAAAGGAACAUCCAGUCUCGAAACUCGACUGUCUCCGCACCCACAGAAGGCACCAGGCUACAUCGCAAGCACCCUUUAAAACGAAACCUCAGCUUCAUCAUGAGCAACAGCUACAUGAUCGACUCAUUCUCCAGGGUAUUAUUCCCGCUGGCUUACCUGCUCUUCAACAUCAUUUACUGGAGCAUGUAUGCAUAGCACAUUGAAUAAGCAGCAGAAAAAACAAAAGAACUGUUCCUUUUUUGACUGUUGUCACAAUUGCACAAAUGAACAAAAACAGACGGAUGAUAAUAAUAAUAAUUAAUUGAUGACAUGACUUCACGUCUGCUGAGUAUAGAUGUCCUUCUUGAUGUCUAAUGAAAAAGUGUUCGGCUGUAACUUGGAGAAAAUCUGAGAGCGGCUGUGAAAGUGAACGGCUGAUAUUUUAAUGAAUGUUUACGUGUGUUUCUGGCAUGCUUGAUUUUAUAACAGAAAGAGUUUUUAUCCAAAAUGCAUAAACAUUUUUAGGAUUUUGAUUUAUUGCCGGAUCAGAUACAUCCAUACAUACAUACAUUAAAUACAGUACAUGUUGAAAAUAAAUAUGUGUAUGCU